UACUUUUGCAUUAUAAUCUCUCUCACCCUCUCUGAGUCAGAGAGAUACACUGUUGUAUCGUCAGCCAUCGUCACUGUCUGCGUCUCUCUCCUUGUCUCCAGCCUUUUAAUUUAUUUCGUCCCUUGGUUUCCAUCCAUCUUCACACCAAAAUAACAUUCACCUUCCUUUGAAUUUGGCCCAGCCCUCUGCCCACUCUCCUCUCUUUGUUUCUUCUCCUUCUUCUUCUUCUUCUUCCCCCUUCUAUCUUGUCCUCUUCCGUAGUCCACUGAUAUCAGAGAGGUAUCAUGCACAGAAACGAUGAAGAACAGCUUGUUCUACAUGGAGAGUCCAAGGACGUGAUAGAGGUUGAACUUGAAGCUUCUCAUCCUGAAUCACCAAUCCGAAAUGGAAGGCCAAGCAGCAUGGUCAUCAAGAAGGCGAAAUCUGUGAUUCCUGCACACUUGGUGGCGGAAGCCAUAUCCACCCUCCACGGUCUGGAUCUAAGAUGGUCGGGGCCGAUCACACCAAGCGAAAUGCAGUAUGUUGAAGAGUAUGUUCUCGCCAAGUAUCCGCAGUAUUGCAAUGGCCUUGUCGAGAAAGAAGACGACAAGAAGAUUGGUCUCCACAAUCUCAGUAUCAAUGAGGAAUCCUCAGAAAGUAUGGCGGAUGAAAAGCACAAGUCUCCGAAGAGUAUUGGCAUCAGAGAGUCGUCUUCUCCCUCUUUCAGUAUCAAUCUCUCUGACCUCGACAAAACCCAGUUGGAGCCAUCAAGAUUGAUGGAGAUUCUCACCAAGAAAUCAUCGUUUUCGGGAAACUUCAUCUCCAUCCCAGAAAUCCAAGCUAGAAACCGAGCUUUGCAGCAUUGUGGGCUAUCAGAGAGUGAGUACAUGGUCCUCUUCACUCCAAACUACAAGGACGCCAUGAUGAUGAUCGGAGAAAGCUACCCCUUCUUCAGAGGCAACUUCUACAUGACGAUCAUCGGAGAAGAACGCGAUUAUAUAAGGCAAUUUGUUAUGGCAAAGGAUUCAAAAGUUGUUUCUGCGCCGGAAACUUGGCUGGACCUGAGGAUCAAGGGAUCACAGCUGAGCCAGUACUUCAGAAGGAAGUGUAAAAACAUCCCUAAAGGACUCUUCUCUUACCCUGCAAAUGUGAAUGGAACCCGCUAUUCAAUGCACUGGAUAUCAGAGGCCCACCGGAACUCAUGGCAUGUUCUUCUGGACGCGACGGAGAUGGUUAUCGGGAAGGACCGGCUGACGCUUGCGCUUCACCGGCCGGACUUUGUACUCUGCACACUCGAUGACAAGCAUACACAGCCCUCCAUGAUCACCUGCCUCCUGGUGAGGACAAAGUCUUUUGAUACUACUACACCUCUUUCUUAGAAUUUGAUCAGUGUUGGAGGAGCAAGUAAUAAAUCGAAUCCAUCCAAAAAUAUUGUAAUGAAACAAAUUUAUAUAUUUUGAAGAAAGCAAAUAUGAAUUUCUCUUCUUUUUUUCCUUUUUCUUUUUUUUUUUCUGUUAUUUCUUAUUGGAGUAUCAGUCAAAGAGGUCUGAAAGCUA